GACAUCAUAUCCGUGAGACGGCUGUUGGUUCUGCUACAGAGCUAACAGUGAAAAUUGUCAUAGAUCGUCGUGGCAACGGGAUUAUCAUGUUCUACAGAUGAGACAAAUACUCUGGUAUCAGCCAGAAAAGCCAGAACACUUUUCAGAGACUCUCAGCACCUUCUACUGCAGUCCUCAGAGUGGCGUCACCAUGGAGAGGAUCUUGUUGGGGGUCCUGGUUCUCUCAGGCCUGGUCAUCCUCUCCACCUGCCUUCCUCUUCAGCCUGCCUACCGCUUUGUUAAUCAAGCUCUGAAUUGGACUGAAGCUCAGUCCUACUGCAGACGGACCCACACUGACCUGGCAACCGUUCUAAGCUCAGAAGAAAAGAACCGAAUCAUGAAAACUCUUUCGUCUGCUGGUCACAGCUCUGACAUCUGGAUUGGUCUGUUCAGUGAAAUAGACUGGAGAUGGUCCGAUGGCUUCACGGGAAGCGGCGCCGACUACAGACACUGGAGAACUUCAGCAUCUGAACCAAGUUUCCAUUACUCCAUUGAGCUCUGCGUAAUGUUCUCAUACUAUGUGGAGUGGUAUGAUGUUAGUUGCUCACAGAAUCGUCAAUUUGUGUGCUACAAAGGCUCACAGUUGGUUCCCGAAUUCGUGUUUGUGAAUCUACUAAUGAACUGGUCCAGUGCUCAGACUUACUGCAGAAACAACUUCAUCGACCUCGCCACCAUAAAAAAUGACACAGACAACAAGAAGGUUGAGAGCCUGGUGCCAGGUUAUUACUCUCCAUGGAUUGGUCUGUUUAGAGAUCCAAAUUUUCACUGGUCUGAUGGGAGCAGCGUCGUCUUUACCAGCUGGGAUCUCGUUAUGAAUCCGCUUGGAUCGAUGACAGUCAUAUGUGGUGCUACAUCUUAUGCAAGAUCAGGAAAUUGGAAGUUUUUGCCCUGUGAAACGCAAUUACCUUUUGUCUGUUAUGACUCUCCUGUAAUCCAAAAGGUUGUGAAGAUAAGACUUCGCACAGACAACUCAGUGGAUCUGAAUGACCCUGUUUUGAGGGAAAACAUCCUGACAAAGCUCCAGAACAGACUGCAGGAGACCGGAGAGCAUGGAUUUACCCUGAAGUGGACAAAACAGCCUGAUGGAAACGUCUUCCGAAAGGAAAUGAAAUACGUAUAGAGGCUAUAUAUAGGUUUAUCACUCUAAAGUAAAAUAAUAACUUCUAAAUCAAUUAUUGUAACUGUGUGAAAUAUAUCCAAAUGACAUGAACACAAUAUAUUCUUAAUCUGCAAAUUUAAAUACAUAAUAUGGUGGUAGUGGAAUAUUACAUGAAGUAAUGUUCUUUAGAAAGAAUAUUUGUUAAUGUAAGACCUUGAGCAGAAAUAUUCUAUUUUUUGUUGUUGUUAACCUAAUUUUCAAGCACAGCCUUCAGGCUAUGUUUUUAAAGUAAAACUUGGCUUGGCCAAAUCAAUAGCUGAUCGUUAUGUAAACAACUAUUUCAUCUGUAACAUUAAAAGUGAAACUAGUUUACAUAGAGAUGGAGGUGGUGUUGUGUUAUUC